AUGGUAAUCGGUGGUCAUUUGUAUGCGACCGGGUACUACCUCUAUGGUACCUGGGUCGGAGGUCGAUGCAAGUAGCUACCGGGUAGCUACCUGACACUUGCGAUUGCUACCGGAAAGUCUGGAAUCGCUUCCCGGAAAGUUAUUUUUUGUUUCAGCUUUAUCCAAUAGGACCCUGGAAGGCUUGGGAAGGUGUAAAAAAACACUGAUGCUAUAUAAACGACCGAUGUGCCAGCCAGUGGCAAUCGCGAAUUUCAGGUACAUACCCGGUAGCAUCCAGAUACCGACCAGGUACUAUCCAGGUACCAUAGAGAUAGUACCCGGUCGCAUACAAAUGACCACCGAUUACGACACGCCGAUUGACUGGAGUUGCUACCCGGUACCUACUUGUAUCUACCUCUCGAUUCACCAGUGA